CGAGGACGCACCGAUCCGCCUUCGAGGCCACCAAGACGACCGCCGUCGUCUUCCGGCCCAAGCGCGGCACCGCCGGCGCGAGGACCGCCGCCGCCGCCGCCGCCGAGGCGCCGCCGGUCGUGCUCGACGGCGUCAAGCUCGCGUACGCCGACGAGAUGACGAUGCUCGGCGCGCGCAUCGACGCCGAGCUCACCUUUGCCGCGCACCGCCGCACGUGCGUGAGUCGAGCGGCGCAGGCGGCGGGUGGCGUCGGCCUCCUCGCGCGAGCGCGAGUCGGCCUCUCGGCGCGGCACACGCGCGCCAUGGUGCGGGCGUGCGUGUACCCGAAGAUGCUCGCGCUUCUUGACGGCCUCGGGCCGAGCGACCUCGUCGGCUACUCGGACGGCAGCCUCAUCGAUGGGCGAGCUGGCGCCGGGUGGGCGCUGCGAGCCGUGUUCUGCGGCGAGGAGCCGAUGAUGACCGUUGUCGUCUCUUGGGUGCCUGGCCACGCCGAGGUCGAGGGCAACGAGCGGGCUGACGCCCAGGCCAAGGUCGGGGCCGAGGUGGUCGAGGUCGAGGGCGGUGUGGGCGAGGGGCGGCAGCAGGGCCGCAAGUCGCGGCGGCACAGCAUGGUGAUGCCGCGCGGGGGCUCAGUCGAGCCGUCAGACGACGAGCACGACGAGUGCUACGGGGGAGAGAGGGAGACGAGCCUCCAGGCCGAGUCGAACCAGCCCCCUCGACCUCGCCUCCCCGCCCUCGUCAACCCUCCUGACGGCCUCGAGGACCUCCGCAGCGAGCCCAAGAGCAUUGCGGCGGUCCAGCAGGCCUUCCACCAGGCGCAGCAGGCGGCGUGGGCGGCGAGUUGGGCGACGGCGCCCACCGGCGCGGGACUUCGCAGCGUCACCGGCAAGGUCGCGCCUGGCGCCUCCUUCGCCCGGUACCACGCCACGCUCUCGCGCCGGCAGAGCACGCUGCUCGCCAGGCUGCGGCUCGACUUUACCGGCCUCGCGGCGCACCUUCACCGCAUCCAGCGCCACCCGACCGGCCUGUGCGAGUGCGGCGAGGAGGAGACUCGGGCCCACUUCCUCCUCGCCUGCCCCCUCUACGCCGCGCCUCGUGCUGCGCUCGUGCGUGCGACCGGCAAGGACGCCAUGCCACCCCUCGCCACCCUCCUCAACGACCUCGCCCUUGCCCGCCCCGUCCUCAAGUUCGUCAACGACACCGGGCGGUUCCCUCGGCUGCACGAGGCGGUCAAGGACUCGGCGGGCACGGUCAAGCAGGGCGUCUAGGUGGACCUGAGGGACUCGGUCGACGUGUGGGAGGACAUGGGAGGGAAUUCCUCGUACCUGGACGGGCCUUCCUCACGGGCGUGCGCAUCCACUCGCUGCCUGCCGUCGCAGCGCGGCCCUGGGCAAGCCAUACCCUUGGCGGCCGCAGCAGAGCAAUGUCGUACACCCUCAGGUCUCCCAGCCUACCGCUCAGCACAGGGACCAUACCUAGUAUACCUUGACAGUGAAGGAGCCAGAUUUGGGGGAGUGCAUCAGUAGCAUCCUCAGUGGAACCAUCCCCCCAAGCCUGCACCUUCUUUUUCCUUCCAGCUGGCCGUGGUGCGGUCAGAUUGGGCUGCCCUUGCAGGGCAGAAAUAGAAUUCAGUACUCUUUAAAUGG